UCUCUCUCUCUCUCUCUCUCUCGCUCUCCAGAAUCCUUCAAUCUCUAAUGUAAUAUUGAAACUCUAAGCUUGCACAACGUUCAGUCCAGAUUAUGGCCAAGUCUAUAUUGGGAUGCUUCCUCUUUUCAUCUUGUUACGACCAGAUCAAUUCAAGUCGAAUCUCAUCGAAAGAUCUUGAUGCCUUCUACUAUUCAUAUUCAGAAGAUCUCAGCCAACUCAGUAAGUCUUUUUCGAUCGGCUCUAUCUCUCUUAAUUGUUCCAUCGAAGCCAUGAAAAUUCUUAAGAAGAUACAAGUUGAGCUACUCAUUCUGAUUAAGAAAUCCAACCUACUGAUUUGCUCUGGAACUGAAGAAGGUGAUUGGUUCAGUCAAUACAUGAAAGAUAGCAUAACAAUGUUAGAUUUCUGCAACUCUCUCAAGUUAGCUGUUUCGAGAAUUGAUCGAUACCGUAUAUUGGUAGAUAUCAUGAUCAAUAAACUUAACAAAAAUUAUUCAUCAAAAAUUAUAGAAUUUGAGAGCAAAAAAUAUUCAAACUUUAAUACUGUGGAAGAAACAAUCAAGCAAUGUGAAGGAAUCAGUGUUGAAGAUGAGAGUAACAAUUCUAUCAUGGUUGUUGUAUCAGUGCUUCUUCAUUCAACAAUUGUUUCUAAAGUUUCAAUUGAAUUAGGUGGUUGUGAUUUAGCCUCUAGAUGUCCCCAAUUGAAGCCAUUUAUCGAAAUGCUUUCGAUGCUUGUUCGAGAGUUUAAUGAAAGAGAUUUUGUUAUCAAAAACGGCUCGGGAUCAGAGCUUGUCGAGCAUGACAUCGUGAGGAGAAUGAUGGUGGAUAUUCAGACUCAGGUGAUGGAUGGAAUUGAGGAUAAGGAGAGGUACUUAAGCAGCUUAAAGUUGUUGAGGACAAGUUUAAUUGAGCUUAAGGAAGGGAUAGAGAAGCUUGAUGAUGCUGUGGAUGAUGUCUUUGAUGUUGUAAUUAAAGGGAGGAAUGAAAUGAUGGGAGUUUUAAGGAAUAGGGAUUUUGUAAAUAUAGAAUAG